AUGACGAGCAUUUGUGAGUGGUUCUUCAAGUUUUACGGGAGAAGCAGCUAUAUGCUAAGUCGAAAAAACUCUACCUUUGAGUGGACUAAUGAGAAGCUGAAGAGUUUUGAGAAGCUGAAGUCGAUUUUGAUUGAAGCACCUGAGGGAAAGGUAGUAGCGAAUGUUGUCACUGAUGCCUUGAGUCACAAGUAUUUAGUUGAAUUAAGCGCAAUGUUCGUGAAGUUGUCGAUUUCUGAAGACGAUGGUUUGUUUGUUGAGCUUUGCAUAGGAGAUUCGAGAGAGACAGCAUUGUGUAUUUUGAUGGACGAGGAUCUAAGACACUUGAUUCUCAUUGAGGCUCAUAGUAGUCUAUGUGCUAUACAUCCUGGUGGGAAUAAGAUGUAUCAGGAUCUUCGAGUUUUGUAUUGGUGGCCAGGGUUGAAGAACGUCAUAGCUAAUUUUGUUGCUAGAUGUUUAGUCUAUAAGAGGGUUAAAGUUGAGCAUCAACGUCUAUCUGGGUUACUUCAAUUGAUCAAGAUUCCACAGUGGAAAUAG